ACGCUGCUACUUCUUUCAAAAAACAGUUUAGGGGUAUCGGUAACUUAUAUUUAUCAGAACCGCAUGUCACAGAUUCACAGUAUCAAGUAGGCGAGAUGGUCUCAAUGGCGCUCUUUUAGGGCGAGCGCGCCAGUAUACACCGUCACGGCAUUCCUUUUCGCACUGCUAUCAAGUGGACCAGGCGUCGUCUCCGCCUCAUUUCUGCUGACCUUCGGUUGAGACUCCAAGACAUGACAGAGAGCGCUGCUCGCAGUACUAUUGCUAAUAUGCUAGAGCUCAUUGAUCGUCUCCGGGGGCUAGAAGACUACCUUUUUCCAACGCCCGAGUUUGGCGCCAGCGGAAAAUCACCUUACGAAGAUGAAGUAUCAACUGACGGAGACGAAGAAAUUACUGAAGAGGCCAAGAAGCCAUAUGAACCGACCAUGCUUUGGCACGACAAUAUUUCGCUCGAUAAUAUUCUCGUUGACCAAAAUGGCGUUCUGUGUGGCGUCAUUGACUGGGAUUGUGUUUCUUGCCUUCCCCUCUACGAAGCUUGUCAAUUCCCUGCGUUUUUGCAGCAAGGACAGGAUCGACUCCUCGAGCCUCUUACCCCUUAUACUAUUACUAGAAAACAGCUAGAUGCCAAUAAAGACCUCCCUAGGUAUAACAAAGAAUUAAGGCAACAUCAAUUGACUCAACUACGCCGACUGUUCAUCGCUGAGAUGACGGAUAAAUGCCCCACCUGGGUUGAAAUAUUCCGCAACCGGGUCUACUUAAGGGACUACGAAUGCGCAGUGCAGAAUUGCGAUAAUGAGUUCGCAUACAAGUGUGUAGAAGAAUGGGUAGAUAUGAUGGAGAAAAGGGGAAAGGAUAAUAUGACCGUCGGAAGACUGCACGAUCGCCUUAUGAGAUAAUGCAAAUAUGCUUGAGGGAUUUCACACUCAGGAUGCCCUUACAAUUGAGUAUGUAAUAUAUUGUUCUUAAUUAAAGUAUCCGAAUGAAUUUCAACUAUGAAUACCAACUAUUAAUUCCAGA